AUGACCACCACCAACAACCCGGCCCCCACCACAUCAACCCUGUACCCCAAAAUCCUCAGCGACAUCCGGCCCUUCCUCCGCUACCUAUCCAAACACGGCGCCCCCGCACCCCUCCACAUGACCGGCACCGUCAAGCUGCACGGCACGCACGCCGACAUGCGGAUCGACCUGUCCAUCGGGCCCGACAACGCAACCGUCACCCCGCAGUCCCGCAACAACACCACCCUCACGCGGGGCGCGCGGGACAACUACGAAUUCGCCGCCUUCUGCGCCGCGCAGCACGCCGCCAUCGUGCGGCUGGCCGAGCGCGCGUGCGCGCGGUGGCGCGAGCUGCAUCCGGCCAGCGACGACAGUCCCAUGAACGAGGAUGUCAUCUUAGCCGGCGAGUGGAUCGGCAGCGGCGUGCAGAAGAAGCCGCACACGGCGAUACGUGACCUCUCGCCACGCCUGUUCGUGCUGUGCGGCGUGCGGAUUCGCGGCGUGUGGGAGCAUAUCGAGCGGUAUGCUGAUGUCGCGGAUGAGGGCGCGCGGCUGUAUAAUAUCAGCCGGGGAGGCUUCUUUCGGCUGCCGUUCGCACUGGACGAAGUCGGUGAUGGCGCUGCCCCCGCUGCUGCUGCUGCUGCGACUUUUCUCGCCGAGGCGCGGCGCCUAACGGCUGAAGUGUACGCGCGCUGUCCGUUCGGCGCGGCGCUGGGCGUCGAGGGGCCUGGCGAGGGUAUCGUGUGGAACCCCAGUCCGGAUCAGGGCGUGCCGAAUGUGCCGGAUUUGUGGCUGAAGACGAAGGGCGAAGACUUUGACGAGAGGUCGAAGAAGGGUCCAAAAGAGAACGCUGUGGCGAAGGACGGAGACAAGAAGAAGGCGGUUGAGGCGUUUGUGGGCAGGACGUGCCAUGAGCGCAGGCUCGAGCAGGGCUGGGACUACCUGAGGGAGAUGGGUGUGGAGAGGAACACCAAGGGCAUUCAGACGUUCCUGUCGUGGGUUACGCGGGAUAUCGAGGUCGAGGAGAAGGAGGAGAUUGUGGAGUUGAAUCUCGGCACGGAUUGGAAGAUCGCAGUUACUCGGAUGGCGAGGACUUGGUAUCUGGCGCAGCUUGAGAAGGGAGGAAGGGAUAACGCUGCUGAUUGA